AUGGCGGCGCGAGGCGCAGACGUCGCUACAAUAGCUGCUCUGAGCGCCGCCGGCAGCGCAGCAGUAACCAGGAGGAACCAGGCAGCCUGGUACAACAGCCAGGACGUAUACACGGGCGGGUUCAACGCCGCCAGUUACAUGAACCACCUCCGAGCGCCGGCCCAUUCACGAAUGCCGCCCAUCCAUGGCUCCGGGCCCGGGGGAGUCGGGAUCCAUAUCCACUACCCGCAAGACCCGUGUCGCCACGGCAUAUCCCGCGGCUCGUACUAUCCCGGAGAUAUCCUGACUUCGCGCAGCGAGGGCCCCGAAUGUCCACGGGCCCAUCAUCAUCCACAACCUCCUUACUACACCUCCUCUCCCAGCUCGCCAUGUGGGUGUCCGCGGUGCUACUGGAGAGAUUUCCUCACAAAUGACAUCGAGAAAUACAAGACUACGCGCGAAAGUCUGCGCGAAACAUAUAUAUGGAACCUCCGCGAGCUCGUGCGGCGACACCGCGCAGCACCGACCAAAUCACGCGCGGAGAAAGACAGCGAGCUCGAGAAGCUCGAGCACCACCGGCUCUUGUUCCGGGACAUCUGCUUGCUGUGGGAGCUGCCGGAGAAGAUCACCCUGGCCGAAGAGGAUGUCGACGAAGCAGGGACCGCCAGCCACACGCUGACACCAGCACCGCCCUCGCGGCACGAAAGCGUGAGUCUGCGCCGGCGCAGCACCGGUAGUCUAACAACACCAUCGCGUCCGUUAUCAAGAGGUCCGACACCACUCUUUCAAGACAACGGCAGUCAAUUGAGUGUGGCCGCUGAACCGAGCAGCAGCAAGGGGAAAGAAAAGGAGGUGGUCGACACUGGCCUAGACGGGGAUAGAGACACAUCAGAGACAAGUACUACUGAGAAUAGCAAGGGCAAGGAAGCGGAAAUAACAAGCUCGCCCGAGCCUGAGCCUGAGCCCGAGGCAGAGCCCAGCAGACCAAUCUCAAAGCCUCGCGCAAAACACAACAAAACUUCCUUACACCAAAAAUUUCGGCAAUUAUGGUCGAGUAGAUCCCGAGACAAGUCGUCAGAUAAAAUAGAGCUGGUGUAAAAGAUCCCAGAGGGGCAAGCACAGAGACAAGUAGGAAUCAGGAGCACGGUUGAGAAGAUUCUUAGAAACAGUGACGUGAUUGGUUUUUUUCUGUAUUCAUUGAUGGAGGUACGGAUCGCUGGUAGUGCACCGGAACACAUAUCUGAAGCAGGCAUUCAGUCAGUAGCAAGCAUUGCUGUAUGACAUGAUAUUAAAUACAAAGUAUGUUGCGCAGCUGAAACGCCUGUGUGUUAGAUAGUCAGUUAGCGUGGACUGGACUAAUGGCCAUGAUGUGUACUCGACAGA